AUGGUAGCCCCAAAAGUCCACAUUUCUGCCCAAGCUAGAACGGCAUUGCAAGCGAACCUCACCAUACGAUGCCUGCUCGCGGCCCGGUUUGUUCACCAUAUCUCUCGAUGUGAUGGAUAUGUCAUUCCUUGGGCUGGGGACCUGGUUUUGGGAAUCUGCCGCGCUAUAGCCAAGAAAAUCAAAGAGGAUUGUCCGCUGUUCAACUUUCAAAUGAGCAUGAUCCAGAUGCUUGGCUCUGCAAACAUUGUGUUCAUCUGUUUCGAUCUCUUCCUCAACCAUUGUGACCAGAAGCUUAUGACCAAUAUUCACACCAAUUACCAACUCCAGUGGCCAAUUUAUUACAUUUCUGAACGAGGAAAUUCUUACAGCAUCCAGAGAAAUGAACAGAUGGACCCCAUUGUGGCUGAGAAAUAUCUCUCCAUGGGCAAAUUCUAUCAAGAAAAACGGCCCUUCUUUUUCGAUUAUCGGAAGAAAUCAGGCUAUGACCCUGACGGGCAACGCAGGGAAGAUUGUCAGGAUUUGCUUGCCUAUGAAGUGGAUCGACCGGAAGAUCUUGAUCUGAGUAGUAGUUAUGACAAUCUGAGUAGUGAUGGCGAUCUGGGAAGUUAUGACGAUCUGGGAAGUGAUGUCGACAUCUUAAGUGAUGGUGAGGAGGGAAUUCCGAACAAGGGUGAGGUCGGACUAGGCAAUGAGGGUGGAGACCCAGUGUCUAGACUAAACGGCUGGUGGUAUAAACGUUUGGCGUAG